AUGGCUGAGCAACCUCGUGUUAAAUCGGCCGGAGAAUAUGCAGAGAGAUUACCUGACACUUUGUUUGAUUCUCAAUCCUUGAAAGAAAAAGAAUCAUGGUCCAAAAAUGUUUCUCCCAGAUUGAGCGAGGGACAUGUCGAAAAGAUAUGA